CAAAAAGGAAGUUUUCCAAGGCUCUACUUCUUCCUCGUCUACAUCGACCCUCCACUUUUAUUCUCAAUUUGAUUUCUCAUCAUAAGCGUGAUUAGAGGAGCUAUGCUACCUUCGGGAAUCUUGAUUUCUGCUCUCUUCUUUCUGUGUUCUAUCACGGGAACAGAUUCUGUGAAUAUUGUUACACUUGGUUCAAUUGAAAUUUUUAGUGCUCAUGAAUGGUUCCCUUCAAAACCCACUGUCUAUUUUCAUUGUCGAGGAGAAGAGAACAAAACUGUUUUGCCGGACGUGAAGAAAACACAUGUUCUAUAUAAUUUCAAGGGCGAAGAGUCAUGGCAGCCACUAACAGAGCUUCCCGACCAAAAAUGCAAGAGAUGUGGUUUUUAUGAAAAGGAUAAAUUUAAAUCAGAUGAUGUCUUCGAUGAAUGGGAGCUCUGUGCAGCAGAUUUUGUUGAUGGAAAAUAUCUACGCUUUAAGGAGAAUGAGUUCAAUGCAACAUUCAUCUGUCCUCUCUGCAAUGCUGCUGCUGAUUCCGAGAAAGAGCAGGGCCAGAUUACUUCUACAAAGCGCAGUAAGCGAAAUGUGGCUCUCAUAGUGAUAAUCUGUGCAUUGGCAUCUCUGAUUGUGAUGGCUGGAAUGGUGGCUGCUUACAAGUACUGGCAGAAGAGGAAAAGGGAACAGGAUCAGGCACGAUUUUUAAAGCUCUUUGAUGAGGGUGAUGAUAUUGAAGAUGAACUCAGUCUUGACCCUGUGUUUUAACUUUAUAAUAAAAUGUAUAUAAAUGACACAUUUUUCUUUUUCUUUUUCUGUUUUUGUGUAGUUUGUGUAGCGUUAUAUCUGAUAGAAAAUCUUAUUUUUAUGGGCAUUGAAUGCAAA